AUGGCUCACCAAUUUGAGCCUCUGGCCAAUGAUUUGAUUCUCAGGACAGCAAGGGGCGAAGAUGUAGAGCGCGCCCCAAUAUGGAUCAUGCGGCAAGCUGGUCGAUAUUUACCGGAGUAUCAUCAAGCCAAAGGCGGCCAUGACUUCUUUGAAUGCUGCCGAGAUCCCGAGAUCGCCUCGACCCUGACCCUACAGCCAAUUGAACGGUUCGCUGGCUUGCUAGAUGCCUCCAUCAUCUUCUCCGAUAUCCUUGUCGUACCCCAAGCCCUAGGAAUGGUCGUUGAGAUGGUAGAUAAGAAGGGUCCGCACUUCCCGGACCCGCUCAGGUCUCCCGAUGACGGCCAAUAUUCCAAAGUCCUCGAAAAGAAAGUCGACGUAGCUGCCGAGUUAGACUACGUGUACAAGGCCAUAACAUUGACAAGGAAGAAGUUAAAGGGCCGUGUGCCGUUGAUUGGCUUCUGCGGCGCUCCUUGGACACUCUUUUGCUAUAUGGUCGAAGGUGGAGGGACGAAACUCUUCAUCGAGAGUAAGAAGUGGAUAUACCGCUUUCCCGAGGAAUCUAAGGCCCUGCUGCAAAAGAUAGCAGAGGUCUGCGUGGAAUACCUAGCGCUUCAAGUGCAAGCAGGAGCUCAAUUGAUCCAGGUCUUCGACUCGUGGGCAGGAGAGCUAUCGCCUACGACCUUCAAAAAGUUCAGCGAACCUUACCUGGCUUAUAUAUCCACCAACCUUCCCAAGAGACUAGCGGAAUUGGGGUUGGAGCGAGUGCCUAUGAUUGUCUUCCCUAAAGGAGCCAACUAUGCACUUGACUCGGUUUGCAAUUUAGGCUACGACGUCGUAGGAUUAGACUGGCAAAUCGAGGCCGCGGAAGCCGUGAAGAUUAGAGGGGAUAGGAAAAUUGUGUUCCAGGGAAAUGCGGAUCCUGGCGUAUUAUACGGCACAAAGGAGGCUAUAUCAGAAACAGUGAGGGAAAUGGUGCAGGGCUUCGGGGGCGGGAAGAAAGGUUGGAUUGCCAACCUCGGCCACGGCAUCACGCCACUGGUGAAGCCGGAAGAUCUAAAGUUCUACCUUGAAGAAGUUCAACGCUUAACUAGUCGCUGA